AUAUAUUGUUUUUUGGAUAUAUAACUGAUAUAAAGAAUAAAAGUAUGAGUGCCCAAGUUGACUCUUUGGAAGAUGACUUUGCUUAUGGAACAAAUGUCAAACAAGCGUCAGUUGGUGUUCGCAUGGGUUUCAUACGAAAAGUUUACAUGAUCCUCACUGCUCAGCUUCUUGCAACCACUGUAGUUUGUGCUGCGUUCAUCAUGAUUAAACCACUGAAAGAAUUCAGCCAAAACAACCAGUUCAUGCUGAUGUUGUGUUUUGUGGCUUCAUUGGGGGUUCUUAUUGCACUACAUGUCAAGAAACAUGAACAUCCAAUCAACAUGUAUCUGCUUGCUGCGUUCACACUCAUCGAGUCAUACACCAUUGGUACAGUCGUUACUUUCUACAAAGUUGAGAUUGUUCUUCAAGCUUUUAUUCUCACGCUAUCAGUGUUCAUGUGUUUGACAUCAUACACCAUGCAGAGCAAACAUGACUUCAGUGCCUGGGGAGCCGGCCUGUUCUCUGGAUUGAUGGUUCUUAUUGGAGCUGGGAUAAUUGGGAUGUUCUUCCACAGUGAUAAGUUUGAACUGAUGUGUGCAAGCGCAGGUGCUUUGCUCUUCUGUCUCUUCAUCAUAUUCGACACACACAUGAUCAUGAGAAGAGUAUCUCCGGAGGAUUAUCUCAUUGCAUCCAUCAGUCUUUACCUGGAUGUCAUCAAUCUUUUCCUUGAAACAUUAAGGAUCCUCAGCAAACUACAGAGGAAGUGAUUCUAUGGAUAAACUCCACAUUUUAUUUGUAACAUACUCAGUCACGGUGGCACUUUUUGUUAGCGUAUAACGCAUUAUGUAUAUAAGUAAGAAGAUUUGUGUUUUGUAUAAAUUGCUUUUUUGUGUUCGUUUACUUAAAGGGGCAUACCAACGAAAAAUCAAAAUUUGUGUAUCGAUAGAUAUGUUCAAAUGUGAUCUAAAGCUAUCAUCAAAGUUUUAAAGUACAAAACAGCUUUUAAUAAAAACAUAUUUCAAAACCGCAAAUUCGUCCGCUGGGGUAAAUAAAAUGGCCGUGGCGCAAUGCAUGGAAUUUUCCAUUAGAAAAA